AUGGACACGACAACAACAGCAAUGGAAUCUCGUCGUAUGAAACCAUUUGAAAAGUUACAAGAAUAUAAUUUAGCCAUGAGAGAUCUCUCGCAUAAAGGUUCUAUUGAUGAUUCUUCUCUGAUUGAGAACGUUAUAAACGAAAAAGAAUAUUUGAUUCCUCUUGAUGCGAUUAUCGGAAUUGACUUUUUGCAAAAAAAAAAAAAAAACCAGUUUACAUUUGAUCAAGACGGUAUUCAUUUAUGCAACAGUAAUGAUGAUCAAAUUUUUGUUAACGUUGGUAAUGUCAACAGUGAUCAACCCUUUCCAUUUGGUCUUUCACACAUCUCGAACUCUGAAAUUCGCAAGGAAGUUCAACAUAUCGUUACGCCUUACAAACAACAUAAAGCUAAUUCUGUUAUGAAAGAUUUUGAGGGAACGAAAGAAAGUGAAAAUCAGUUGAAGAAAACAGUUAAGUAUGAGGAUGAGGAUGACAGUGACAAAGAUGAUGAUGAUGACAAUCAUGAAGUUAAAGAAGAUGAUGACAAUGACGAAUUGGAUUUGGAUGAUGAUGACAUGUAUGAACAUGAUGUUGACAAUGGUUAUGAUGGCAAUCAUGUAGCUAAUGAGCAUGAUGUUGAUGAAGAUGAUGCUGAUGACAUUGAUCAUGUUGAUGAAGAUGAUGUUGAUCACAAUGACAGUGAUGAUGAUGGCAGUCAUGAAGCUGAUGAUGCUGAUGUAAAAGUGGGCCGGAUAAUGAAGAAACUGUGA